UUAACAACAAUAUGAAACUCAUGAUAGAAAGUCUGUUUAAUGAAGAAAUUAAUGACAUUUAUAAGCACCUGUAUAGGAAACGAUGGAAGAAUCUUAUUAAGUUACACUUCUUCCGUCUUAAACGGUAUAAUAACCCUGAAACUUUGAAGAGGAAGGAUAUGAUAGGAGCCAGAUCGUCCUAUUUACAUAAAAAUAGUGAUGAUUUGAGCUCAAUUAUUAGUUCGGAUUACAUUGAUGAGGACUCAGAUUUCUCAGAGAAAGAGCUAGAUACUCCUUUAUUCAGGCCUAAAAAGAAGAAAGCAUCCCCUAAAAAGCCUAAGAGUCCUUUUCGUAAAAGUUUAUUAAGAGGGAAAGGAAUAACAUCGUUCAGUGAGUAUGAAGAAUCUAUCACAAAUGCUCCAAAAGUGAAAAUUACCAGGGCAAAAACUCUUCAAAGAAACCAUGAAGAUAGGCUUGAAAUAACCAGAACUAAGACUCGUUUAAAAUUUUCUGAAGAAGCUCCAGAAUCUCAUGAACGUAAAGAAACAGAGUCUUGAGAGGAGUCAGCUUUUAUGUAUAACUCUAACUUCUUUAACAACAUGAAGUUUGAGCCAGGAGAGAACAUGUUCCUACAUAGCUUAUUCUACUAUAAAUAAUAUUCUGUGGAUGGACAAAGACAACGAGAACCACUUAUUUGAAACCUUUGAGCCUGAGUUAGACCUUGAGCAGCUUCAUCGACAACAGACAAUCAGGCAGCAUUCGUUCUAUGAGAUAGAUCGUUUCCUUCUAGGCCCUUCAGAAGAAAUCUCUUAUACAAAUGAAGAAGGCAGUUAUUCAGGUCAGCACCCUUCCUAUGAUCUCAGGUCAAACCAGAGCUUCAAUAAAUCUGAACACCAGGAAGAAAAUAAAGAGAAGCAGCCUCCACCACAAUGUCCUCCUCCCUCAAUCCUAAGCAGAGUGAAAUCAAAAAUAAGAGGGGUUGGAAGCUUAGUCAAAUUCAUGAAGCCAAGUGCAAAGGAGAAGUCUAAAUUUACUAAAAUUAAUAAAGAAAACACCUUGAUAAAGGAAACUAACAAGAAUUUUAAGAUAUACUUUGGAGAAGAAGCCGAAGAUUUUAUUAAAGAUAAUACAGAAUGGUCCCAGUCUGAAGAUGCACUGGCUCAUCCUUUGGAUGAUAAGUUUUCAUCCUCUUCAAGUUGAUUUAAUGAUGAGAUUCAACUUGAAGGUCCAAGGUCACCACCAACUAGGAAGUCAAGUACCUUCAAGAACUUCUUAGUUCCGUUCAUUAAGAAGAAGAUGAAGGAGGGUCAGUUUAGCAUGACUUUUCCAUUAAAGAAAUAA